AUGUAUACAGUAGAAAGAGGACUAGGGCAGGCAAAAAAACUCAUCUAUGCAGAGCCCGAAGAUCUAGGAGCUGCAGUUCAAAGCUCUAGCGGGAGCAAGAUGAGGAUAACAGCAGGGGCAGAAGAUGUGAUAUGGCAGCCCAAGUACCCUUGGAAAAGUGCCCCUCGGAGAAACAAGUUUGAUCACUAUGCCAUCAUUCAGUUCCUCUUGACCACUGAGUCUACUGUGAAGAAGACUGAGGACAACAACACCGUAUCCUUUAUUGUGGAGGUCAAGGCGAACAAGCAUCAGAUCAAGCAGGAGGUAAAAAAGCUGUGUGACAUCAAUGUGGCCGAGGUCAACACCCUGAUUCAGCCUGAUGGAGAGAAGAAGGCCUAUGUCCCACUUGCUCUAAAUUAUAAUGCUUUAGAUAUGGCCAACAAAACUGGAGUCAUCUAA